UCAUAUCAUAAAACAUCCCUUAUUUUGUUUCUUUCUUCUCUUUCUUUCUAUUAUUGUGUAUUUAGUUUUUUUUUUCUUUCCAAAAAUGGUGCUCGUUGGUAAACUUAUCACUGAACUUGGGAUUAAAGCACCAGGGGAGAAGUUCUUCAAACUAUUUGCAUCAGAACUCCACGAAGUGCAAAAAGUUUGUGAAAGAAUUCAUCAUGCCAAGCUUCAUGAAGGUGAAGAUUGGCAUCACAAUGAUUCGGUUAAACACUGGACUAUUGUCAUAGAUGGCGAGGUACACACAUGCAAUGAGCAGGUUGAAGAAGUUGAUGAGGAGAACAAAAAAAUCACUUUCAAGCUGUUUGGUGGAGAUAUUGAAAACUAUAAGGUCUUUAACGUUAUCUUAGAAGUGAUUAUCAAGGAUAAUGGAAGUUCUGCUGUUAGAUGGACUAUUGGUUAUGAGAAGAAAAAUGAGGAUAUUGAUACUCCCAAUGGCUGGAUGGACUACCUUAGCAAAUGCACUAGAGAUAUUGAUGGUCAUCUUGUCAAGGGGGAAAAUGUAGCUCUAUAAGCCAUUAUUUAAAUAUGGAGUUAUAGUUCAAUCAAUGGGUUGACUUUUAUGGAUAAAUGUGAGCAUAUAAAUAAUGAAGUGUUCAUCUUUAUAAUAGGCUAGAGUGAGUUUAUAAAUAAAAUAAAAGCUAGUUUGAUGUUUGUAUAAUGGCAUGUAGCAUAAACAUGCAUAUUUGCUUCCCUUGAUCCUUUGUUUGUAUCGAAUAAAUGUGUCGGUGAUGUCUUGAGGAGUGUAUCUUAUAUUAUGUGUGAUGCAAAUAAAUGAAUAUUUGUGUGGUUUGAAGUUAAAA